GUGUACAGUGUGUUCACUGUAGCUCCUCCUCUGCUGAAACCAGUUCAAUCCAGUUUGAGUGAAAGUGAAAGUAUCAGCUCUGUUUAGUGAAGAGAGGAAUAUAAAGUUGUUCAGGAGAAAAUCACAGUGAGAAACUGAAUUUAAAGCUGUAAUAUGUGAAUGUUAUAAAUCUAGACCUCAUAAAGAAGAAUUCUGGUGUGCUGCAGUGUUUCUCUACAUGUGUGAGCAGCUUUAAAGCUUCAGUCUGUAGGAGGAAACAUGAACUCUAACAUGAAUCUCCGGAGGUUGGUGAGAUGCAGGAUUACAGAUGAAGGUUUUAUAUCUCUGGCUUCAGCUCUGAGAUCAAACUCCUCAUCACUCCUGAAACAUCUGGAUCUGAUCUACAAUAAACCAGGAGAAUCAGGAGUGAAGCUUCUCACUGAUCUACAGAAGGAUCCUCACUAAACUGGAGACACUACAUAUAUAGUAACAAAGUCCUCCAGCCCGUGUGUUGCAGCUCGUAUCCAGAUGAAAUGUUUCCUUCAUUAGAAAGCUGAAGCUCCAUCAUGGGCUACUUAAUAUUUUAUUUCUGUUAUUUAUUUUAAUCAGUGUUUUUAUUAAAAGACAUAAAUUUUGUGUGUGUGUGUGUGUGUGUUCACUGUAGCUCCUCCUCUGCUGAAACCAGUUCAAUCCAGUUUGAGUGAAAGUGAAAGUAUCAGCUCUGUUUAGUGAAGAGAGGAAUAUAAAGUUGUUCAGGAGAAAAUCACAGUGAGAAACUGAAUUUAAAGCUGUAAUAUGUGAAUGUUAUAAAUCUAGACUUCAUAAAGAAGAAUUCUGGUGUGCUGCAGUGUUUCUCUACAUGUGUGAGCAGCUUUAAAGCUUCAGUCUGUAGGAGGAAACAUGAACUCUAACAUGAAUCUCCGGAGUCUGAGUCAGGGUGAGAGAUCGGACCCACCUGAACCCAGCAGUGUGUCCAUGAAGAGUGAUUGGUCAAAGAAAGAACCACCAAAGUUCAGUGACAGAGAUCGUUCUACUGAUCUGAGGUCAGUGGAAAGUAAAAGAUCAGAAUCACCUGAACCCAGCAGUGUGUCCAUGAAGAGCGAUCGGUCAAAGGGAGAACCACCAGUGUUCAGUGACAGAGAGCGUUCUACUGAUCUGAGAAAACAAGAGAAAUUGAAGAAAUCAGAAAGAAGCAGCAGAAAUGAGGUGGAUUCAGUAUUUAAGGAGCUGGAGCAGAAAGUCGUCACUCUGUUAAAAAAUGAGCUGAAUAAAUAUAAGAAGAUACUGAGUCCAGAUUACCCAGAAUGCUCUGAGGUGAAGGAUGAGGAGGAUCAAUGUAGUUUCAGAGAGGAGGUACUGAAGAUCACUCUACAUGUCCUGAAGAAGAUGAACCAGACAGAUUUAGCCAACACACUGCAGACCAAGCUGGUCUCUGUUUAUCAGAAGAACCUCAAAACCAAACUGAUAGAGAAAUAUAAAAGAAUUAAUGAAGGAAUCUCACAGCCUGGAUCAUCAGUUCUCCUGGAUCAGAUCUACACUGAGCUCUACAUCACAGAGGGUUCGAGUGGAGACGUCAAUAAUGAACAUGAGGUGAGACAGAUUGAAACGACAUCCAGGAGACCAACACAGGAGAAACCCAUCAAAUGUAACGACCUCUUUAAAGACACGUCCAUCAGAACUGUGCUGACUAAAGGAGUUGCUGGAAUUGGAAAAACAGUCUCUGUGCAGAAGUUCAUUCUGGACUGGGCUGAAGGAAAAGCCAAUCAGGACGUUCUCUUCAUGUUCCCACUUUCCUUUAGAGAGCUGAAUCUGAUGAAGGAGAAACAUCUCAGUCUGAUGGAGCUUCUUCAGUAUUUUUUUCCAGAACUUAAAAGAAUUAAAUCAAUAAACUGCAGCACCUACAAGAUCAUUUUCAUCUUUGAUGGUCUGGAUGAGUGUCGACUUCCUCUAAACUUCCAGAACAAUGAGAUUGUGUGGGAUGUAACAGAAUCAGCCUCAGUGGAUGUGCUGCUGACAAACCUCAUCAAGGGGAACCUGCUUCCCUCUGCUCUCCUCUGGAUCACUUCUCGACCAGCUGCAGCCAAUCAGAUCCCUCCUGAGUAUGUAUCCCAGGUAACAGAGGUACAAGGGUUCAGUGAUCCUCAUAAAGAGGAGUACUUCAGGAAGAGGAUCAGUGAUGAGGACCUGGCCAGUAAAAUCAUCAAACACAUGAAGUCAUCAAGAAGCCUCUACAUCAUGUGUCACAUUCCAGUGUUCUGCUGGAUUUCAGCCUCUGUUCUAGAGAGAAUGCUGGGUGAAGCAGAGGGUGGAGAGAUCCCCAAAACUCUGACUCAGAUGUUCACCCACUUCCUGAUCUUUCAGAUCAAACACAAGGAACAAAAGUAUCAUGGGAAAUGUGACCCUGACCCUCACCAGACCAGAGAGACGAUACUGACACUGGGAAAACUGGCUUUCCAACAGCUGGAGAAAGGAAACCUGAUCUUCUAUGAAGAAGACCUGAGAGAGUGUGGUAUUGAUGUCAGAGAAGGGUCAGUGUACUCAGGAGUGUGCACCCAGAUCUUCAGAGAGGAGUUUGGGUUGCACCUGGGGAAGGUCUUCAGCUUUGUUCAUCUGAGCGUCCAGGAGUUUCUGGCUGCUUUAUUUGCAUUUAUCUGCUUCAUCAGCAAAAAUCCAACAGAACAACAAACCACUGAUCUGUCUGAUCUGUUCACCAAGUCCAGCAUGUCUGAUUUCCUCAAGAGUGCAGUGGACAAGGCCUUACAGAGUGAGAAUGGUCACCUGGACCUUUUCCUUCGCUUCCUUCUGGGUCUCUCACUAGAGUCCAAUCAGACUCUCUUAAGAGACCUACUGACACAGACAGGAAGUAGAUCUCACAGUAAACAGGAAACUGUGGAGUACAUCAAGGAGAAGAUCAGGGAGAAUCCCAUACCAGAGAAAUCCAUCAAUCUGUUCCACUGUCUGAAUGAACUGAAUGAUCAUUCUCUAGUGCAGGAGGUCCAGACUUACCUGAACAGAAUAGAACCUGGUUAUGUAUUUAAUGAUCGUGGUUGUCUCAGUGGAAUCAGUCUCUCUCCUGCUCAGUGGUCAGCUCUGGUGUUUGUGUUACUGAACUCAGAAGAAGAUUUGAAGGAGUUUGAUUUGAGUAAAUAUAACAGAUCAGAUGAAUGUCUUCUGAAGCUGCUGCCAGUGGUGAAAGAAUCCAGAAGAGCUGAGUUGGUUGAUUGUUCUCUAACAGAUGAAAGUUGUGCAGCUCUGUCCUCAGUUCUCAGUUCAAACUCCAACAAUCUGAGAGAUCUGAACCUGAGUCACAAUAAGCUGCAGGAUUCAGGAGUGAAGCUGCUCUCUGCUGCACUGAAGAAUCCACACUGUACACUGGAGAUACUGAGGUUGGAUCUUUGUUCUCUAACAGAUGAAAGUUGUGCAGCUCUGUCUUCAGUUCUCAGUUCAAACUCCAACAAUCUGAGAGAUCUGAACCUGAGUCACAAUAAUCUGCAGGAUUCAGGAGUGAAGCUGCUCUCUGCUGCACUGAAGAAUCCACACUGUACACUGGAGAUACUGAGGUUGGAUGAUUGUUCUCUAACAGAUGAAAGUUGUGCAGCUCUGUCCUCAGUUCUCAGUUCAAACUCCAACAAUCUGAGAGAUCUGAACCUGAGUUACAAUAAGCUGCAGGAUUCAGGAGUGAAGCUGCUCUCUGCUGCACUGAAGAAUCCACACUGUACACUGGAGAUACUGGGGUUGGUGAGAUGCAGGAUUACAGAUGAAGGUUUUAUAUCUCUGGCUUCAGCUCUGAGAUCAAACUCCUCAUCACUCCUGAAACAUCUGAAUCUGAUCCACAAUAAACCAGGAGAAUCAGGAGUGAAGCUUCUCACUGAUCUACAGAAGGAUCCUCACUGUAAACUGGAGACACUACGUACAUAGUAACAAAGUCCUCCAGCCCGUGUGUUGCAGCUCGUAUCCAGAUGAAAUGUUUCCUUCAUUAGAAAGCUGAAGCUCCACCAUGGGCAGAACAGAGAUCAGAAGCUCCACAUCCCUUCAAUCUUCUAGUGACAGUCUGUCCAGUAACUGCAAUCUUAGAUGGAAAGAGUCUUUGGCUCAGGUCCACAUGCAGUUCCCAGUCCCUGGCUAUGCUCAGUGUACAUAAGUCUGCUGGUUUUCCUCUUCCUAAAGGAUGUGAACUGUGGGAAGGUAGUCUGGACAUUAAGGGGGCGGCACUGGUUGUGACUCUCUUUUGCUUGAGUGCUAAGACCAAGUUCCUCAGCACUUGGUUAUGGUGUCAGGUGGAUCUACCUUGAGUUAAGCUGUUCUUGGAACCCACCAGGAUGUGUUUGAGUGUUGCUGGAGCUGCACGUUGGAGACAGGCUGGGUCUUUACCAAGCCAGAGAUGAAGUGUACCCGGCCAAUAAAGUGAUUCUGAUAAAUGUUCUACAGUUACAGUAUAUUUUUAUCAUUAUUACAUUAAAUAAAUACUAAUGCAGCAGCUUGUCUUACAUAACCUAGAAAUAUGAGCGUAGGAAAUGUUCUGGAGAACAUACUAAUCUGAUUCUUUUACAGCUGCACUACGAGCUGUUUGUUGGUUUUAUUUACUCUUCACAGUAAAUUCAAUAUGUAACGCUGUAAUGCUAGUGCUUUUUUAUUGAGUAUGUAAAGUAACCUUCAUUUUAUUCUGUCAUGCUGGAGAAUUGAUUUGUAUAAUAAAAGUAAAUUAUUUAUAAAAAUGAACUUGAUCUGAAUCGCCCCUCUCUGUAUAGUUAGUUCUCUUAUCAAUAACAGUAGAAAUGAAUAAUAGUGAAUAAAUGUUGAGUUAUAAACAGUAGUACAGUUAUUACAGCAGGUUUAGAUCUGAUUGUAGGUUGAUUGUAGACGCUGUUUUCUCUCUGUUGCUAUGUAAUGAAACUGGUGUUAAUAAGAGAGACUGACUGGUCGGAUGUAGACGGCAGUUCCAGAUUCACUCUUGUACCAGAAUGAAUAAAUUUUACUCCUGCAUUAGAGGAAACGUCUUUAAUGUGUCACUUAGAGUUUAAAUGUGAAGAUUUU